AUGGAGUUCCUAGAAAUCAUGAUACUCGAAUCUCAAUCACGUAUUCGUUUUAAAGUAAUAGGUUAUGAAGGUAAUUUGGUUGAGAUCAAAAUGAAACGUACCACUAGAUUUGAUAGAGUCAUGGACGUUUAUGCUGAACAUACUGGUUUGAAGAAUGGUACAUUUUGUUUUAGGUGGGAUAAUCAAAGACUCUGUGGAGAAAGCUCCCCCGAGGAUCUUAGAAUGACCGAUGGAGACCAUGUUGAGGUUGUGAUAACUUGGGAUACUUGCGCCGUUUGCGCAGCACGUAAUCCACAAACUAUCAGUUAG